AUGGAUAUCCUUCAAAAUCACUCAGAAAAAACAUCCCAACUCUACGCAGACUCGCACAACCCCCAUCGCCACCUUUCACGGGGCCUGGUCAACCACCAACUCGGAUUCUCCGAUCUAGCGGCCGCAGAUGCAUACCGUGCACUGUCACUGUUAGAAUCAGUGGUUGAUCCGGAUGGGUGUGAGUUUCACGCUAGGCGUGUUGACGUUGAUGCAUCUCAGACUGAGAAGCAGGGUGAUGAUGAGGACGAGGAUGACGGCGAACCGAUAACGCAGGAAGAAUACGACCAGAUCAUCGGAGAUGUGUAUGCAUUGCUUGUGCGCAGCUUGGUGGAUGUUGGUUGUUUCCGGGAUGCGUUUGAUUUCUGUACCAGAGGGUUGGAGGAGUUGCGCGCUAAGUCUGAUGACAAGAAUGUUAAGGUGCUCGAGGAGCAGAUGGGGGUUAUUAGAAAGGUGUAUGCUGAGCGGACUAAACGCGACGGAGCUGAGAUCGAUGCGAGUGCGCUUCCUGCUCAAGGAUAUGCCAGACGAGUGCUGUACCCGUGGAACAAGCAUGAGCCAAAUCGCAAAGCACCCGAGGAGUUGAACCUGCUUAAUGAGCGGUUGAAAGACGUCGCGCCAAAGUGUGAGGUUCGCGCUGUUGCACUACCCGUUCUGCACGCCGACAAGCAAAACCCCGAGGACAAACCCGAAGAAGAAGAGGGAAUCUCGAUCCAACUAGGCCUCUUCGCCAAAGAAGACAUCUCAGCCGGCGACAUCAUUCUCCGCGAAUCCUCAAUGCUAAUAGCCACCAACCGCCUCCACGACGACCUCUGCGACGCCUGCAACGCACCCCUCCCCUCUCUCGAAUCCACCUCCACAGAUUCAGGCCCAGUCCCCUGCACAGGCUGCGACGACACAGACACCAUCUUCUGCAGCCGAACCUGCCACGACCAAGCACAGGAAACCUACCACGGCGCUGUCUGCGGCCUCCUCGAAGGCCUCGAGUCCAUUGGCAAGGAUAUCCCCGAUCCAAAGGAUAAAGCAGACUACCUCUAUCUCCUCCUACUAGGCCGCGCGGUCGCCAUGGCAGCUACGCAAGAGAAACACCCCCUCGACCUCCCCGAGGUCAAGUACAUCUGGGGCGACUUCCACGAUUACAACCCCGCCAACCCGACGCAAAUCAGCAACGAGGAAAAGAGUCUCCCCUUCUCCUUUCACCUCAACAUCCUGCAACCAAUGCGUAUCAUCGAGGAAAUGACACUAGACCCCUACACUACCCUCCCAACAUACGAUACCUGGGUAUUGAACACGCUCUACGCUAAAUUCCGGGGUACCGCGUCGGGAAGGUUAUCGACGUGGGACGGCGGGCCGGAGCUAUGCGCUGUGCAUCCGCUGUGGUGUUUGGCGAAUCAUUCAUGUGACCCGAAUGUGCGGUGGGAGUGGGGUGGGGAGAUUACGUUUAGUGUGAGGGGGAUUGGGGAGAGGGCUGUUUGGAAGCCUGCUAAACCGGUGACGGAGACGGAGACUGGGGGUGGAGAGGAGAAGUUUGAUGGGAUUAGGAAGGAUCAGGAGAUUUUGAAUCAUUAUUGUGAUAUUGGGUUGGAUGUUAAGGAGAGGAGGGAGUGGGCCAGCGGUGCUCUUGGUGGAUUGUGUUUGUGUUCGAGGUGUAUGUGGGAGGCAGGCCCUUGA